AUGUUAGGAACAACUAUACAAUCUCUCUUUCUUCUUCUUAUUAUUUUCAUCAGUGCUCCUUUAGCAUCAUAUUCCAAUGCAUACCCUCUAUCAACCCAAGGUAGAUGGAUCAUAGAUGAUUCCACAGGGGAACGUGCCAAAAUGGUAUGUGGCAACUGGGCUGGUCACCUUAGACCAAUGAUUCCUGAGGGUCUUGACAAAAGACCAUUGAAGGAACUUGUUGGUGAGCUUGUUAAACACAAGUUCAAUUGUGUUCGUCUCACGUAUGCAAUUUACAUGUGGACACGCCAUGGCAAUCACAUUGUGAAUGAUACAUUUUCCAAUUUUGAUGCUCCUGAGGUGGUGGAUGGUAUAGCCAAGAAUAAUCCUUCCGUGUUGAAUAUGACACAUAUUCAAGCCUUUGAAGCAAUGGUUAAUGAACUUGGUGCUCAAAACGUGAAAGUGUUGUUGGAUAAUCAUGUCAGUGAGCCAAAGUGGUGCUGUAAUGAUGAUGAUGAAAAUGGAUUCUUUCAUGACAGACACUUUGAUCCUCAAGAAUGGAUUCAGGGCCUUACUUUGGCAGCCAAGCACUUUGCUAAUAAUCAUGCUGUUGUGGCAAUGAGCUUGAGGAAUGAAUUGCAUGGUCCACGUCAAAAUCAGAAUGAUUGGUAUAGGUACAUGAGCCAUGGAGCAUUAUCCAUUCACAAGGCAAACCCAAAGGUGCUUGUGGUUAUCUCAGGUUUGAACUAUGACACUGAGUUUCAGUUUCUAAGGAGUAAACCAUUGAAGAUAGACUUGGGGAAAAAAAUGGUGUAUGAGACACAUUUGUAUUCAUGGUCUGGAACUGGGACACAAAAAUCAAAACAGAUAUGGACUAAGCAACCAUUGAACAGGAUAUGUGCUGAUAGCAUUAGAGGGUUAGAGUACAGAGCUGGGUUCCUUACCACUGGUAAGAAUGCAGUUCCUUUAAUUUUCACUGAGUUGGGGUUUGAUGAGUCAGGUUCUUCAGUGGAAGACAAUAGAAGACAAAGUUCAACUUGA